AUGGGAACAUAUAAAGCAGAAGACGAUUACGACUACCUCUUCAAGGUUGUCUUAACAGGAGAUUCUGGCGUUGGAAAAUCGAAUCUACUAUCCCGAUUCACCAAAAAUGACUUCAGCCACGACUCACGCUCGACCAUUGGCGUCGAGUUCGCCACACGAAGUAUCCAAGUCGACGACAAGAUUGUCAAAGCUCAAAUAUGGGAUACUGCCGGCCAAGAAAGGUAUCGAGCCAUAACGAGCGCUUAUUACCGGGGAGCCGUUGGUGCGUUAUUGGUGUACGACGUGACACGGCACGUGACAUUCGAGAACGUUGAGAGAUGGCUAAAGGAGCUAAGGGACCACACGGACGCAAACACUGUGAUUAUGCUCGUAGGUAACAAAGCUGACCUAUGCCACCUUCGAGCCAUCUCAAUGGAAGAAGUGAAAGCUUUUGCAGAGAGAGAGCACACUUUCUUCAUGGAGACUUCGGCACUCGAAGCUUUAAACGUCGAAAACGCUUUCACAGAGGUUCUCACACAGAUUUACAGAGUCGUUAGCAAGAAGGCUCUUGAUGCUGGAGACGAUCCAGCCACUGCUUUGCCUAAAGGGCAGCUGAUUAGCGUUGGAAGUAGAGAUGAUGUUUCAGCCGUUAAGAAAUCAGGUUGCUGCUCCACUUAG